UCAUGUAUUUACAUGCAUGGUACCUGACAUAAAGCAGGAAGUAGAACUUGUCUGGACCUUGGCAGGCCGGCGAGUCAAACAAGUCAGUAACAGAAGCGUCGACACCAUCAACGGAUUAAGCGUUACCAGUAGUAUCGUUGUGUCACCUAACGGAGAUAUCCAUGGAAAGACACUACAUUGCGAAACCUUUAACAAAGAUGGUGAGCUAGUGGACAAUAUGACUGUACCAAUCGCUGUAAAAGUGAAACCAAAGUCAUCAUUGAUGUCCCUGACCGGUCCCAGUGGAAACAAACUUCGACCUGGUAGCACAGUAAAUGUUGUAAUAACUAUAUCAUACACCUUUACUUGUGAAACAAAGGAUACGUGGCCUGAAGCUGGAAUUCAGUGGUACCUUGGUGACACCAGGAGAGAUACAUAUAGGCCUACUUUUACAGGAAGCGAUGAGUUGGUCACCACAAGAGACAGAUGGGCAUUUACUCCUACCUCAGAAAGCAAUGGAUUGGAGCUGCGGUGUGUGGCAAGUAUCGAGGAGCCAUUCGAAGCUCAGGCAUCUCUUGUAGUCAGACUGGUUGUCAAUACGACAGUAGGUUUCAACUGUACCUUUGAAGAAGGGUGGUGUGGUUGGAAGCAGUCAAAACAAGACCGUAUAGACUGGAGACUCCAGGCAGGCUCGACAUAUCCUUCUUCUACUGGUCCCGAUUAUGACAAGACUGUAGGAGAUUACAGAGGCCGUUAUGCCAGCUUUCAUCCAUACUACUCGUCUGACGGUACCAACGCUGUGCUUAUCAGCCCUGCAGUUGUUCCAAGCAAAGAACAGAUUGGUAACCACGCGUGGUGUUUCAGUUUCUGGUACAACAUGUAUGGAAGCAAUAUGGCGAUUCGUGUCAACGGUCGCUUGUCAGAUAUCGCCAUCGAUGACGUUGGAUCUCAAGUGACUACACAUAUCGCGUUAUUCGAAUGGUUUGGAUACGACCUUUCUAUUGGAGAUAUAGUGUAUGUAUCGGAGGGAGAGCAUCAUCGAUUCACGUGCAUGGUACCCGACUUAAGAACACCCGUCUCGCUCUCGUGGAUGCUAGGGGGACUUGAGAUUUCACCAGACAAAAACAACAAUCUCACAGAAAGCGACGGUUUCACCACUAGCACCAGUACUGUUGCAAUAACCAUUUCUGAGAGCAACCACGGGGAGCUACUGCAGUGCAUGGCGUUUGUUGCAGGGAUACAUCCCGUUGUGAACAUAUUCAUUACUCUUGAUGUGAAAGUUAAACCAAAGGCAUCUAAUAUGAUGUUGUAUGUUGCAAACUGGACUGGGAGCGAUGCUUCACCUGGUAUGGACGAGGGUAUGCUACAAUAUUUCAAGUGCGAGGUAGUGGACAUCAGGCCAGCAGCAAGUUUUGAGUGGUUCUUGGAUGGGGCUUCGCAGCGAAUUUCAAGCCCGCCCUCUGGGGACGAUGAUUGGUUGGUUUCAGACACGUGGUCAUUCACGCCCACAAGAGCCCAUCACGGCCAGGAGGUGAAGUGCGUGGUGAACAACACGGAGUCAGAGGAACCGUUUCCGUCAAAGGUCCUCACAGUUCUCGUCAAUGGGCCACCGGACAUUCUGGCCAUUACUGGUUCCACAAUCAUGACAGCCAAUAAACCAAGUGUUUUGGUGUGCCGUGCAUACAUGGGAUAUCCGGACAACUGGAAUCUGGCUUGGUCCAACGGUGACACACCUUUGCCAGGUACCACAACCGUAUCUGCAUCAUGUGGCAGUGGAUUCAUGUUCACGAGUACCCUGGCUUUCACACCGAGGAGAGAAGACAAUGGAAACAACAUAACCUGCUCUGCACAAAAAACUUCUUGGACCCGCCCAACCGAAAUGGCAUGCUUUGGUCCCAUAGACGUUCAGUUAGCAACCGUUGCCCCCUCAGUCGUCGGCAAACUGACAAGCUGGCCAUUUGUAACUGCCAUCAGUGUACUGGGAAUACUUUUGUUCAUCAGCGUUGCGAUACAGGCAGCCGGCUGCUUCUACCGUAAACAAAAGAAGCCACGGCAAAAGAAGGAACAAAAUGUUUCCCAAAGUGGAGCUCAGGCACGAGGGCCAGUCCGGGCCAUUGCAGAUACAGAAUGCUACGAAAACGUCGGGAUCCCUAUGCAAACCAUUCGCGCAGUCGAAAGUGAUACGGUUGAGUCUACGUAUGGUAACGUCCCGGACUGCCGCGCAGCAAUCUCGCGAGAUCAGUUGACCUUCCUUCAAGAACUCACGCAGGGCACCUUCGGGAAGGUGCUACUUGCAAGAGCCGUGGGCAUCGAGCAGCGAGGCCUUGUCACCCGCGUGGCUGUUAAAACUGUAAAAGAUGAAAGCGAUCCAAAGGAGAAAGAGAACCUGAUUCGAGAGUUGAAUUCGAUGAAACCUCUCAGUGGUCACGCGAAUAUUGUCAAGCUUCUUGGAUACUGCAUCAACGAAGACCCGAUCUAUGUCAUCAUGGAACACGUGGUGAAUGGGAACCUGAAGGAGAUUCUGACUGAUAGCCGAUCCGAACACGUGUAUGACAACCUACGAGGGGCUGUGUGCGCAUCCCUCACACCCAAGACUCUGCUAAGUCUGGCCAGGGGCGUGGCCGAAGGCAUGGCUUACUUGGCUUCACAAGGGUGUCUUCAUAAAGACCUUGCCGCCCGCAACGUUCUCGUUAGCGAGGAUAUGGUGGGCAAGAUAUCCGAUUUCGGAUUCUCCAGCGAUGUUGCCGAAAUGAGAACAUACCAACGCAAAAGCACGGGAUUUUCCCCUCUGCGAUGGAUGGCGUUGGAGUCUGUUCUUGAUGACGUGUACACAACAGAGAGUGACGUGUGGUCUUUUGGGGUUCUGCUGUGGGAAAUAGUUACUCUCGGUGGCCACCCAUACCCGACCCUGAGUGCCAAGAAAGUGGUUUCCAAAGUGAAGUCAGGGUACCGGAUGCCCCGUCCCGACCACUGUCGCAUGCAAUUGUACCAGGUGAUGCGUGCUUGCUGGUCUAAGAACCCUGCAGCCCGACCAACAUUUGCAACAGUCAGUGAGAAACUUGGAGGACUGUUGGACAAAGCUAACGAAUGCAUAUCAUUGGAAACCUGCCAGAAGAGCGUCUACAAAAUGUCGGUCACAGGUGGAUCAGACUUUGAAAAGAUCUAAGCGCAGACUCUUUGGAUUGAAUCAAUGAACAAAAUCAAAUUGACCUUAUCAUGAAUCUUUACAAUUUGGGACAUUAGCUCCAGACAAUGUCUUUUGCUGAGACGUUUGAGUACCAAAUGUAAACUAGCGACAUAUACAUUUUUAUGCUUGCGUAGAGUUUAAGUCAUGACAGCGACAUGACAAAUAAUGCUCAAUGAAGUCGUUUAUUAGAUUAUUUUAACAAGCUAUGCAGUGUAACCAAUUCAUGAAGUAGCCCAGUUACACAUGAACAUGUAAAGAAAAUGUCAUACAAUUUGUAGUAAUAACUUUUCCUGUUUUCUCA